UUUAUCCACCGCCACACACCCUGCCGCGCCCGCAUCACCGAUCACGAACUUUUUCUUCGUGUCCCGGCAACACGGGCACGACAAUAUGUUUGCUUAUGCGAAACUAUAUAUAUUUCUAAAUACGCAAUUAUUUAUAGAUUAUGCAAUGUCUGUUACAAUUACUGCUGCUAUUACUGCAAAAGCCUUUAACGAUCUCCGUGUUCUGAUUCUUCAAUUUCGGCUACAAAUUCAUGCAUAUGAUCUGUAGUCCUUUUCAGACAUGCAUAUAUAUACAGACACACACACAUACACACACAUAUAUACAUAUAUAUAUAUAUAUAUAUAUAUUUAUUUAUUUAUUUAUAUUAAGUUUCAAAAUUCUAAGUGUGAUAAGACAAAUUCUUUCAGUUAGUACGAUGCUUCACGAUGGUCAUAAUAACAACUGCAAUCAAGUAAAUAAAAUAAAAACGAGGUUCAUUAAAAUAAUUAUAAUUUGGCGCGUAUGCAUAACAACACACUCUAUGAUUAUUCCAUAUAGAUAAUAAAGAAGUUUCUGUCGAAUAAGCUUCUGUUCACACAAAAAAUACGUUCGCGUUGGCGGCGAUAUUUCAAUGAGUGUCGCUUGAAAAACGGCAUGAAGGAUGAUUUCAAUAACGAGUGAUCUCUUUCAUCAGGAUAGAUCAAUUAUUUUAAUAUGCGAAAGUGCUUGUGCAAUGAACAUAUUGUGAUUACGAGGAUACGUGUUUUCGUGUCGCGACGACGUAACACAGAGCAAUGCAUACGGCAAAUGGGAGUUUCAACGGAUAUUCGUUGUUCGUUUGCGGCAGACGAUGGCCACGUCGAUCACCAUCCAACAGGGCGUACAACCUCUCCUCGUCACCAGGUUUAUUAUCGGCUUGGGGAUCCAUCCUACGAAUCGAGUGAAACCGUGCUUCAGCUCUUUGUAUUCUUUGAUGUUUUGGUGCGCUUACGGCAGCUUCUAUUACUGCAUAAUGAUGUUUUUUACACGGAACAUCACAUAUCGGACAACAGUUUCGAUGAUCGUGCGUGCGAUCACUAUGCUCACUACGCUCACGUCCGUAAUCAUCGGCCUGUGUUAUGACAAGAAAUUAAGGACGUGCAUUAAAAAGCUCGCCAAUGUGGACGAUACGUUGGAAGAGUUGGGGAUUCCGAAAAUGUACCAAAAGAUGCACAUGUGGUCGAAAAGGAUGGUAGCUGGAUGGAUCGUGUACAUAUUCUGCACAGAUAUUAACGAUUCCUUCUGGUGGUGGAGAGUAACGCAUUCUAAUUGUGCGUACAUCAUACCUCAUGUGCUAAAUCAUUGUUAUCAUGUCAACCUAUUCGUCGACUUAACGUUCAUCUUCUUCAUGUGGUAUAUAGGCACCAGAUUCGACAAACUGAACGAAAAUAUACGAGAUCUGCUGGUGAGCGAGGAGCACGGCUUGAGGUGUACGUGGAAGAAACCAGUGGUUGCUGUUUAUCGACAUACCUUGUAUGCCGAUAAUUACAAGCGAAUCUUGUGGACCUCAAUGCACGUUCAUCUAGAAUUAUGUCGCAUAGCAUGUGAACUGAACCUGAUAUUCGGAACUCAGAUGACUUUGGAGAUGUUGAUCUAUCUCUUAUUGUUAACAACACUGACUUAUAAUUUUUGCAUAAUGCUGCUCAGUGGAAAAGAAACGUCAAUAAGGGCCUGGCUUGCCUACGUUAUAUUAGGCUCAAUAUCCUUCAUGAGACUCUACUCCCUUAAUCACAUCUGCGAGAGUAUCAGCGUUAAGGCUAACAAAAUUAGCGAGACAAUUCAUCAGCUGACAAUUAUUCUGCGAUACGCCGAUAUUCAUCAGGAGCUUUGUCAAUUCGUUUUGCAAACGAUGCAUCAUCCACUGAAGAUCACCGGUCUGAGACUCUUUUGCUUUGGCAUCAAGUUACUCUGGAAUGUUCGUCUCCCCCUUGUUACUUCCUCAUUUGUCCUCGUUCACUCGUUGGUCAUGUCUCAUAUCAUAAAUAAUAAUCAGGGAAAUUGUUCUUUCAAGUUCAUUCCCAUUAUCGUAUAAUAAUCACUACCCUUUUUAUCGCAUAUACCAUGCAUCAGUCUGUACAUUCUUACUUGUUUAAUGACGGAUUGCGAUAAAGUGCUGUUACGCAUAGUGAAAAUAAAUUGUACUCUUAAGCUCUUAAUACGUUCCAUUCUAGUUUUACGCGGUGGUUGCAACUUUUGUGAUGCUCACAGUGCAAUGGUCUCCAGAGUUACAGGAGUAUAAUGAUCCUCGAUCGAAGAUAAACAAAAAUACCUCGAAAGAUCUAUUCUAACGAGGAUGUAAGAAUGGGUGAAAAUCGCUUUACGAUCGAGCUCUAAUUAGAAAUGACAUAGUAUUCAUUCAAUCCUGUACCGCGUAUUAACGAUAUACCAUAUCAAUAAUAAAA